AUGCCCUCCUCUUUCCAAAACAAGACUAUCCUGAUCACCGGCGCCGGAAGCGGCAUCGGCCGAGCUACGGCCAUCAAGUUAGCUUCUCUGGGCGCCUCUCUCUAUCUCUCCGACAUAAAUCCCGAGUCCGUCUCCCAAACCCGAGAACUAUGUUCGCCAUCCGAAGCAUCCUCCACACAGGAAGUCCACUUGCAUUCUCUAGACGUCAGUGAUUCUCACGCAUGUAUUACAUAUAUCCUUGAUGUCCUCCGCGAAUGCAAUACCAUCGAUCACGUGUUUAAUUGCGCGGGGAUUAAUCCGACCGCGAUACCCAUUGAGGAGAUCACGGACGAGUAUUGGGAUCGCCUGAUGAAUGUUAAUUUGAAAGGCACAUUCAAUAUCACGCGAGCUGUGGCUCCGCAUCUUACUGCGGGAUCUUCAUUCGUGAAUGUAUCAUCGGUCUGCGGGAUGGUUCCCGUCUCGCAAUUUUCGGUCUACUGCGCGACGAAGUAUGCGGUGGUGGGAUUCUCGAAAUGUAUGGCGUUGGAGUUGGGGGCGAGGGGCAUCAGAACGAAUGUGGUGGCGCCGGGGUAUAUUGAUACUCCGACCAAUGUGUCGGUGCUGGCGGGAGAAGAGGAGGUGAGGAAAAUGGAGGGGGCGGUCGCGAGUGGCAGGUUUGGCUUGCCGCAGGAGGUGGCGGAUGUGGUGGCUUUCUUAAUGAGUGAGGAGGCGAGAUAUGUUAAUGGGAGUGUGGUGGAGGUUAAUGGGGGGAUGGCUCAUUGA